CUUGGACUUCAGGGAAACCCACUUCAGGUCUUGUGGAUUUUGUCGUGCCUUUAUUUCGCACAAGAACGAGAAAAAGAAUUGUGUCACCAUCGUCCUCCAGGGGAGUCACGGCAUCUUCGAGCUCUUUUGCACCUACUGCGGUCUCUUUCGUGCAAGACGAGGAUUACGUGGCACUACCGGUCGUGGCGUCUUCGUGGAAAAGAGGGAUGAGAAAACGGAGGGGAGUUACAACAUCACUUUCCACCAGUCAGCUAUUUCCUAGAAACAGUGUCCAACUACCCGCUGGAACGCAAAAAAAGACGUCCUUUAUCCCAUACACCGC